CCUUCUGCAUGUGUCAUAAUGGCUGCCUGCAGUAAGGCCUGUCCAGCUGGAAUGUGAGCAGAGCAGGCAGCUGGAACGGCAGCAUGGGGAGCUGUCUCCAAAUGGAGUGAGAAUGUGCAGGAGCAGAAGUUGCCAGCUCAUAUCUGCUUAAGCAAUUAAACCAUCGAGGUGCUGAUUGCUCCUCUGUCCUUACCUGCACUUCUUAUUUUCUGUACUUCAGAAAAAGUAGAGUAUUUCCUGAUUUUUCAGGUAGGGCCUUGGUGUUCCUGUUGGUACCCAUCACUUCUGGUCGGGCACUCGGUUCUGCUGAGCAGAGCCUGACUGUGAUGUUUGUACCCUCUGUUGAGGUACUUGAAGGCAUUGAUGAGAAUCUCCCUGAGCCUCUUCCAGGCUGAGCAGCCCCAGCUCCCUGCCUUUUUUCACAUGAGAAGUACUUCACUGACCAAACUUGGUUGCCCUACAUUGCACUCUUUCCAGUAGCUCCAUGUUUCUCUUAUACUGGGAAGCCCAGAACAGGGCUCAGUGUGAGCUGGUCAGUGCUGAGCAGAGGGGAACAAUCACCUCAGUGCUGAGCAGAGGGGAACAAUCACCUCCCUCCAUCUGCUCUCAACACUUUGCCUAGUGUAGCCCAGAAUAUCAUGAGCCUUCUUCACAGCAAGGGCAUACUGUGGGCUCAUUUUUCCUUUUGUAUUCACCAGGAGUCCUUGGGCCUUUUCUGUCAAGCUGCUUUACAGCCAGGUGCCUGGAAGUGCUCUCCAGGGACAGGACUUCACAGCUCCCAUGGCUGAGCUGCAGUGAGGUUGCUGUCAGACCAUUUUUUUUCCAGCCUGUCAGGGUCUCUCUCAGCAAAACCCUUGGGUGUAUCUACCCCUCUUGUCCAUAAGAUCAGCAAACUGAGGGUGCAGUAUAAGCCACGGAUCCAUAAUGACGAUGUUAAGCAGGAGUGGACCCACUGUUGACUCCGGGGUGCAUUACAUUACUGGCCUCCAGCCUGACCCUGCACAGCUGUUUGCCUCUUACUGCUUGGCUCAUCCAGCCCACGCCUCAUCAAUUUCUCUGUCAGGGUCUUAAUUGGAGGUGGUGCUUAUAAGCCUUGCUGAAGUCAGAGUUAAAAUAUCUACUGCUUUCCUCUUGUCUGCCAAGCCAGCUAUGUUUUCAUAGAAGAAAUUGGUCAAGUAUGAUUUCCUCUUGCAAUUUUAAAAUAAAUAAAUAAACCAAAAGGCCUGAGAUGAUGAUCUGGUCACAAUCCCCACAAACCUGUGCAGUGUGGCAACCACCAAACAGCCCUUAUUUCCAGAAGUACUCAAGUCAAUCACUGGGACUUGUAUCCUGCUAUAAGGUAGCUUUGCAGAGACCAGGGUAGCAAAACACCUGUGUGCAAAGAAUUUAAUGUGUGGCAAUGGAGGCUACGUUGAUGAAAAGGUUUUUUUGUUUCAAGCAUGAAAUGAAACAGCAGUCUUGGCUACCAGGGUGGUUAUGAAAGUUUUUUGGAUGGCUUAAGCAAAGUUGGGGUUGGCAGUUGAGAUCCUUUCUCAAUUUUGACCUGUUUCUGUUGCGAGUUUACUGCCUCUGAUUCACUUAACUCAAAAUUAUGCAUCUACAUCUUGUAAACGGAAAGCAAAGGCAGGGUGAACCAGAAAAUGUGUUGAGUGGGUUGGUUGGGUUUGUUAGUUUGUUAGCUUUGUUGGGGUUUAGUUUUGUUUUUAUUUCAAGUACUUAAGUUUUAAAAAAAGAUCCUGUAUAGGCUGAGUGCAGCAUGCAGAGCAAUCACUUCUGAGUCUUGCUUUCCUAUUUCUUCUUCCAGCAGUUCAGGGUGUAUAAUCAAGAACAGCUGCAGUUUAACUCUCUUAGAGUGUUCUGGGAUAGUAUGAAUGUAAUUAAAGUGAAGUAUAGAUUGUCUAAAUCUGAACAGCUUAAAUAAAAAGCUAAUGCCUUUUGAAAGCAGUCUGUUCUUUUGUUCUUUUCCUUUAGUCCUCCACGGUGGCAGUAGCUGCAGCAGGUCAUAGGGCACAUCCAAAACCUGCGGGUCUAACAUGAGGCACUGCACUGCUUCCCCCACUUGUAAUGGAGGAGGAGAAUUUAACCAAAUACCUACCAAAUGCUUACUUAGCAGUCUUGUCUUCAGAGAAGUCUAUUUUUGUGGGUUUUUUAAGUAUUACUCUAUGUAUGUAUAAUAUCAAGCCUCACUGCUGGAAAUAGCUGUAGAAAGCUGUGUGUUUCUAAUGAGGUUGUUUUCUUCUCACCAUUUCUGGAGGUAUUCUGGUAGCAUCUCUGAGACAAAUGGAAGAGUCUGCCUAAGCUUUAAUAGAUGUGCAAGGUGCUGUUGACCAGAUUUUACUUUAAAUUGCUAUUUCACCAAUGCAAGUGUACAAGAAGAGACUGUUCCAUUCCUGGGUAUCAUAAAGCUUGUUCUGAAUUGACUUUGAAAAACAUUCUACUAGAAUGACCUCAGCUGUGUGCACUCAGUUUGCUAUUUUGAGUUUAUUUUCAUGUAUCGUGGUGCUGCUGGGCAACUAAUCUUUUUAACAUGGCAUUUGUUCUCGUUUUCAUGUUUCUUUUCUGUUUUUAGCAGUAUAUGGUAACCGGCAGUUCUGACCACCUUAAUGAUGAAAACAGAAGCUAAGGAUGGAGAGGAGGAAAGCCUGCAAACAGCAUUCAAAAAGCUGAGAGUUGAUGCAGCUGGCUCUACUGCUUCUCUUUCUAUUGGUGAAGGGACACGAGCACUAGUUAGAGCAGCAGCAGAUGAAACCAAACCUAAGAAUGCUUGUACUUCUAAGGAUAUCUGGCAUGGGUCUGUGAAGAAACCUUCCAGAGGAGCUGUGAGAACUCAGCGUCGCAGGCGUUCCAAGUCCCCAAUUCUUCAUCCUCCAAAAUUUAUUCACUGCAGCACAAAAUCACAAUCCACGUGCAACCAACUGAUGCACAAAGGCCAGAUUGAUGCCCCAGCUGAUGGCGGUGCGUUUGGAAUAUUAGUCCCAAAGGAAGCUUGUGCACACGAACGAUGCAGUAUUGCCUCAGACAUUGGCCAGAAAAGAGAUGGCGUCGGUUGUUCCGGAGCCUCUGCUGCACAGUCCACGUCGGUGAACACACAAGAAAAUUCUCCCACUGCCAUUUCUUUAGUAUCUGAAGCAAGCCUAAAGACUGCAGAUCUCUCUGACUUCCGAUCUGUGUCCAAGCUGAACAAGCAUAAGCCAUGUGCCUGCGUAGAUAAAGCCUGUCAGUGUAAACGAUGGCAAGAAAUGGAGGUGUAUAAAUUCUCUGGCUUGCAGAACACUUUCACGUUGGCAUCUGAUAGAAGAACAGUUGCUGAGGAUCACUCCCAGUCUUUGCCAUCGAGAACUCCAUCGAGUUCUCCACGCUCUUGCUCUGAGCAAGCCAGAGCCUUUGUGGAUGAUGUGACUAUCGAAGACCUUUCUGGAUACAUGGAAUAUUACUUGUAUAUUCCAAAGAAAAUGUCUCACAUGGCAGAAAUGAUGUACACCUGAAAACAAGGACUGCUAAAAACAGAAGGGUGGGUGGUUUGUACAUGUCCUUAGUCACAGUCAUGUGAGAUGGAACCUGAUCGUUGCUCACUGUGCUUGCAAUAAAAUCCUUUCUUCGCAUCUUA